CGACGACGGAGGAGGGAAAUACCAGCGACAUUCAUAGUAAUUGCCUUGCUUUCUGUUAGUGCUGUGAAAUGGCAACAAUGCAAAAUGAUGAAUCCUUAUAACUGAAGAUUCCUUUAGAAUGGAAUUACCUUGGGCGAAGUAGAGCUGGAAUCUCAAAUAUUCUGAAGUUACCUGCUUUUCAGAAGAGGACUGGUUAAGAAGCCAUGGGUAAAUCAUUCUCCCAUUUACCUAAUUUUGCAAGACAAAGCAAGAAAGACGACGCAGCACCCAUCGUGCCUGAGACUGAAAGAACAGUUCCAGAAAACACAAACGAAAUACAAGCGAGUAAUGGAGAGGCCAGUUCUCAUGUUCCUUAUGUAGAGUUUGUGGGAAGAGAGAGCAUCACAUGUCCCACCUGUCAAGGAACAGGACGAAUACCCAGAGGUCAGGAGAAUGAGCUGGUUGCUCUUAUUCCAUACAGUGAUCAGAGGCUGCAACCGCAACGAACGAAGCUUUAUGUGGCAGUCGCUGUGGUGAUCAGUCUCCUGAUUAGCGGACUUGCAAUCUUCUUCCUGUUCCCACGCUCCAUUAAAGUAGAACAUGUUGGUAUUAAGUCAGCCUAUGUCACCGAUGACACGACAAAUUAUAGAGUUGUUCUUAAAAUAACGAAUAUAAUAAAUGUAACAAACUACAACUUCUACAGUAUCAGCAUUACAGAUCUCAAUGUGCAGAUUGUGUUUUUUAAUGAAGUUCUAGGAACUGUCAACAUCAAAAACACUACAGUUUUCAGGCCCUUAGGAGGCGGCCAGAUUUUAUACGAGGUGACUGCCACGUUAGAUGAUUUAGGCAUGUACCAUUACUGCACAAUGCCUGAAAUUAAAGUGCACAAUAUUGUGAUCUCAAUACAAGCAACAGUAACAGCUUGGUAUCUGUCGCACUCUGAGCAAGUCUCCUUCGAUGCCUACCAAUAUGUUGAUUGUGGCUCCAACACCACCCGUCUUCACAGUCCCUACUACCCUUCUCAGGGCACCCAUUUGCAAGAGAUGCUCAGUUAACGCAAAUGAUGUUAGUGCCCUUUCACUAAAGGCUUCCAGCAUGGCACAACAUGUCAUCCUCUCUGUGUAGAUGUUGUGCUCCUGGACUGAUGAGAUGAUCCAUCAACCAGUUCUGCACUCGUCCGCCUGAUUAUUUUAUAGUGCUCUGUGUGGCAGUGUUACACUUGUAAGAGGAGUACAUUAAUUUGGAUGUCAAGCGUGUAAUGGUAAUUUGAUAAUCCAACAGUUCUAGUAAUGGAACAUUCUGCUGAAUUACCGGAGCUGGACGAUAAGUUAAAUUUAACUGGGGAAUGACUCGGGACUGAACUGUGAACUAAUGUUUGUUGAUUGAUUUCAGAUAUAAUAGCUGCACCUUUUGUGGCCUUGAAAUUUAAAUAUGUUUCUUUAAAUAAGUCACGUUUCAUGCAUUAGGCUGUUGCCCCCUUAGUAAAGGGACAUAAAUGUACAAAAUGCUUCUUUUCUUGCGACAUUUGUAGGCAACAUUCUGGACAACAUCUGGAAGGUUCUUGUGCAAUUAUAGAACAUGAAUAAUGCAAUCCCUGAAAAUACCUAAUUACAGAAAGGCAGUAUUCCCAAUCACUAAUAUGCAGUGACAGAAUAUGCAAAGUCAGAUACCCCAGUACAUUCUGAUGUGUUCUUCAAUGCGUUCUGAAAAGCCACAUUGUUUAUUAUACUAGUGCCGUUUGUGAAUAUACACUACAGUUCCUGUAUGGUUCAGUGGAUAAAUGUGUCGAGAUAUUGAGCUAAAUGGGUCAAGAUCACCCUUUUUUUGAUCCUGACUUGUUUUGAAUUUAGAUGAUCUCAGUACAGAGGGGUUAGAUGAUUCAAGUGCGAGUUACCUCAGUGUUCAUGAGAUAGGGCAUGAAGAGUUCACUGUGAUUCCCACUUUAAUUAUGAAUGUUAAGUGAAUUUAAAAUUGAUGUGAUGCUUCUUAUAACUGAAUCGGUUGCAGACCCUUAAUAACAGCCCUAAACUGAUUCCAAAGAGUGCACAGGAAGUAUAUUGCAGUGGGAUGACAUCCCUUCAGCAGAGGGGAGAAGAAUGUUGGAGAGGAAUUUUUUUUAAAAUAAGCCUUAUUUAGAUAAAUACUCAGCAAAACUUUACAGCCAGCCCCAAAAGAUGCCCCCAGUACAUACGCAUAAGGAGGUCUGAGUGUGACUGUGUCUCGGCCAUACAGAGCAGAUACCCAUAUUUUAAAAGCCUUAGACUUACUAAUGUAGUAAAUAAUCACGAUUCAGUAUUAUCUCUGUAAUAUACGUAGUGUUCUCCCCCUUCAUUCAUUGGGGAGGAUAUUAGCAUUUACCACUUGCAUGCACACUUCGAGUUCUUUUAGUGAUGGGAUAGAAGGUAUAGUUAUUAGCACAAAAAGAUGCUAUUACAACAAUGUCGGUCACAGCUGACCACAUCAUAAGUGCAGUAGUUCAUUCCUGCUCAAGCAGUUUUUAACCAUCAAAGAUUUAGAGUAAUUUGAAGCAGGAUAUUGUUCUUGCCUUAAACUGAAUCAUACUAACCCAAGCAAACUUUUAUCUGAAGUUUACUUUGAUGGGCAGUUGGAAAGAAUUCAUUGUCAAUCUGCAUGGUUCUUGAGUGGUUGCUAUCCAUUGGAUUAUGUUUGUUGCUGAGCGGAAACAUUCUUUAAAAUUUAGUUUCCCACUUUCAAUGCAUGUUUAAUAAUGACCCAGUUUGAAUUUGAUUGAUUGAGUGAAGCAGGAUUUGCUUCCAUUAAAUUUGCAAACGCUGCAUCAAAUGCUUUUACUGUGGACCUCAGUUUGCAAGAUGUGUGGCUUUUUGCAUUAUUUCUACCUUCAGUUUCGCUCAUUUGUUGCAAUUGCAUCAGCAAUAGAAGUAAAACUGUCCUAUGUUGUCCCUCACAGAUAAUUAAAUGUUGAAGAAUUGUUAGUACUUCUUGAUUUAAAGAAUACUUCUGUGCAUCUACUGUUUCAGGCCAAACUAUAAUCUUGUCAUAUUCAUGUUUCAGUUUGAAAUUACACUUUCUCAAGUAACCUCUCUGACCGCAUAUCCAAUGGUUUUGGAGCUACCAAUCAUGGUGCAUUCUGAAUCUUGAAGUAGGAGUAAACAAUUCUUUGGUAGAUCAUGCCUUCUUAAAGGAAGAAAGAUCUGUGUAAUUAGAUUCUGUGGGAUUUCAGUUGAGUGUUGAAUGGAACUGUAAGUCAAAGAAAAGUCACAACCAGGGCUAAUCUUAUGUUUUGUUAAUCUGUAUCAUAUUGAAAUUAUUGACCAAAGUAAUAAUUAUAUUGAAUUUGAUUAAACCAAUCCAUUCUGUCCUUUGUGGUGGUCACUGACAGUUGCUGAUUAGCACAAGGGCUAAUUUUAUGGCCUUUUAUAUGCACUAAAAACAGCAGAUUAUCACAGAAUUUAUUUUAAAUGACCAAAGCAAGUAAGUACAUUGGAUAUGUGGUGAUGUUAGUCCUUAAAAUUUACACAUGCUUCUGAUAUUUUAACAAGAAUUAAAGCUGAGUUUAGUAAACAUUUCAUUGUCUAAGAAAAUGUAUUUAUGAUUUCACAGGCCAGAAGAAGUGAUUAUUUUCACCCUAAUGAUGUUUGUACCCAUAGUAGUUAGGUGAACUUAGUGAGGUGAUAAAUAUUGUGUGUAGUCACUUUUGAUUUGCUAACAUUUCCUGAAGGCAAAAGUACUUAUUUAUAGAUUCAAUUCUAUUUAGCAGUAUGAUCACUUCUUUGCAAAGCUCUGUUUCUUUCACAAGGAGUACAUAUGAGGUUCGUUAUCAUGUAAUGUAAGGACAUUUUAUUUUACUAGGAAUAAUAUUUAUGUAAUAUAACAAUAUACAUCAUCAGACUUAAAAGAUAUUUCAAAUUUAAACUGAUACAUGUAUUUUAAGCUUUUGCUGUAAUAUUCCUUUCUUGUACUUGCCUCCUGACUUUUCUUUACUAUUAUUCAUUGCAUGAGCAUUGCUGGUGAGGCUAACGUUUAGUGCCGAUUCUUAAUUUCCGAUGUGGUAUCAGUUGCUUUCUUGAAAUCCUGCAAUUCAUGUGGUGUAGGUGCACCAACAGUAUUUAUAGGGUGGGGUCUGGGAUCUUCAUCCAGCAGCAGUGAAGUGGGAAGAACGUCUGAUGUACAGAAAAUAUUUUCAGUGCAGAUUGACAUGACAGAAUUUGUAUUCUUUGCCUCUUGUAUGUGUAUUUUAAUUAACUUUAUGCCUGACACUGCACUGUUAUUGGUACAAAGUUGAGAAGUGGUGUGCAAACUUGAAAGGUUGUAGACAAACAAGUGUGCAAAUUAUAUGUUUAAAGUUUGACCCUUGUCAGUCAGUGGGUCUGAUGCACGAAACAAGAGUCCGUUACUCAUAGAUCUAUCUCAGUUAGUAAAUUUGUGGCCUAAAAUGUACGUGGCCAUGCAGACCAAUAACUGUCAUAUUCAGUCUCUGGUCUGUUUUACAUUUGAGCAUGGACAGUGUUGGACAUGCUACAGGUGGCCUCAGUGCCCCGAAACUAGUUAACUGAAGUAUAUCUGACUUCUUGCUCUUGAGUAUUAUACACCAACUCUGGCUAGUAACUUCAAGUGAUGGAUUUAGAUGGGAUCAAGCUCUGAAGCAAUGAUCUCCACAUUUAAAUAGUUCACCACUGUUUACUGCCUAUGCUGAAGCAUAAAGAAUAGCAUCUUGGGCAAGAUGUACGUGAGUUGUAGACAGUUGUGGAACUUUUGUCCACAGUCAGAAUCUUCAGGAAAUUGAAGGAGAAAACAGGGAUUAAUUUUGAGAGAGAUAAUGGGAACUGCAGAUGCUGGAGAAUUCCAAGAUAAUAAAAUGUGAGGCUGGAUGAACACAGCAGGCCAAGCAGCAUGUCAG